CAACGAAGGAAGACGAUACACAACAACAGGAGUUAUAGCAAAGAAUACAGAAAUUACAGCAAGAAAUUCUGCAGUCAAAAUUGCGCAAAUUCAAGAGUGAUACCCAUGACUACGAGAGAGGAGAAGUAUACAGCUGGCAAACAGUCAGAAAGACGCAACACAGACAACUAGGUGGGACAAGCUACUCGCAAAGUACACUGGCAUCGUUCACAGAGGCCUCCGAGUCUGCAUCGUCCAUGUCCUCACUAGAAUCAGCCUCUUCUUCUUUUUUAGGGGUGGGCCAAGAUAUUGCAAAAGUAAAAAGAAAAGGGCAAGAAAAGCCAGAGAGAAUGGGACACACAGGGAACUUCAGGGGCCAAAGGACAAGGAGAUUGUUUCAGUGAACAAGACUAUGUACAGGGAAAGUUUUCGCUCAGGAUAAUAUUGUAUCUUGAUAUUAUAACGUUGGAAUAAUGGAAAAAGAAAUAAUUGGACAUUUUUACACUUUGUGGAUCACAGGAUGUUUUUUAUACACAGUUUUUUAUUGACAGUUUUUUAUUCUUAAUGUUUUCAUCACAGCAGAGAUAAAGCAACCACAAGUAAUUUAAGAAACAGAAUGUUAUGGCAAUUAUGAUAUGUAUGGUAUUAGCAAUUAUGUCUUACAUUUUCUAAUUGUUUUAAUUGUGAUGGCUACUUAAGAGGUGUGUGCACGCUAUUUUGCAUGUCUGACGAAUGGAUCUGCCCCCGAAAUGUUACAUCACAAGGCUUGAAUUAAACACGCAGGGGUUCGCCCUGCUUCACCUGCUAUCGUGAGUUUGGUGAUUUUUUGGCUUCAUGAAUAUUUGAGGUGCCCACCUCUCUUCCAAACACCGGGCGGAGAAAUUGGAGAGGCUGGGGAAAAAGGAAUCUUUGUCUCAAACCCUUGUGUUGGAACACAUACAAAUCCACCAGAAAGGUAUAUUCCAUGUGUGGGACUGUCUUAGAUUCAACAGAAAAGGGCCUAAUUCUUUCUCCUGGUUACCCCAAUCACUACCUUCCCGGGUCUCACUGUUUGUGGCAGUUCUUCAUCCCUGCUGGUUCUCAGCUACUCGUGGAAACACUGGACUUUGAUAUUUUUGAAAGUGCAAGCAAUGAUUUUCUAAUGCCCUCUUCAUCAUCAGAUUCCAUAACUCAUUCCAACCACAAAAGAAGAAACGAGGAUCUCUUUACUACUGAAACUUCAUUGACUGGUGAAUUUCCUAAAACUACAACUCAAAAUGUUAACAAUCAUAUUAGUAUCUCGCGCAAGAGAUGGGAUAAAACCGAUAAGAGGGGAAAACAGUUGUCAAAUUCACAAGGUUUAAAAAAGCAGCAAGGCUUAGAUUAUGCUGGGACAAGCACAUCUCAGAAAGCAACCAUAGAAUCAAAUCGUCUUGAUGAGCAAGACUCCACCAAGCCCAUAGAUCUGAUAGCUCCAUUUACUGCAAGAAUAGUAGAGUCGUUGGAUUACUGGCAACCACCCAGUGAAGAUGCAACAUCGUUGUUUUUGGAUAAUGAAAACUCAACCAGUCAGCCACUAGUGCAGGAUGUAUGCCCUUAUGACGUACUCUACAUUUCUGACCUUGUCACUUUCUCCUCUCGUUUCUGUGGAUCCAACUCGCCCCUAAACAACACCUUGGUCUUUGGAUCUCCUGUAGAGAUGAUGGAAGUCAUUAUGGAACUCAUCACCAUAACUGAUCAUGGAAGAGGCUUUGCUAUGCUGUUUACUUACCAGAACCAGACCCUGGUUACAUCUAUGGGUUUUCAGAACAGGCCGGGUGGAGACGGAAUUAUGUUACUGGCUGUGACUGCUGCUGCCAUAUUAAUUGCCUUUGUUCUGCUGAUGGCAAUUUGCUUAUCGUACAGGCAAAAGAUGUGCCCCAAAAGAGAUCCAGAACCUGAACAGCCGAUACAACAGCCUAGUGGAAGCCAAAAUGCGGCAUUGGAAGCCAGCAAGUUUCAGUUGGUUGUACCCGCUGAGACUAUUAAGCAAUGGGAGCUGGAACCAGCCAGUCCAAAAGAAGCUGGAGUUACCUCUCACCAAACCCUGCAGGUGGAUCCCUCCUCUUCUGCUGCCACAGUGACUGAUUCCCACAAUGACAAGGUUUUUGUAAUUUCAUCCAGCAGCGACACUCCGCAUUUCACCUUUACCAGCUUCCCAUUACAGGAGACGAGCCUGAGAAGGAGCGUCACUAGCCCAGCAUCUGUAUCUGAAUGGUUGAACCCAGAUUACACAAGUGUGGAUUUAGGGGAAGAGGAUAACAAAAGUGAAAAUAAGGAGAUGGGUCCAGCCAGACACAGGACCUGGAGUGUUCGCACGUUCAACAAUUUACUACCUCCAAUAACCCAGCUUCAAAUGAAAUGGCGUGCAAGGACAUCCAGCGGUUCCUUCACCAAACUGGUGGAUAGUGGUGUUCAUGUAACUCCAAAAUAUCCACCUCAGGAAAACUCUAGAAGAGCUUGCUCUGCAGCACAAAUGGACGGCACUACCAGUCGCCUGUAUUCUGAGUCUUUGGCCAGCAAUGCUUCCUAUCCUCUGACCUUCUCUGCACAGCUUCAGAGUAAACCUCCGACUUGUAAUCUCAAGAGGUCACGUCCCUCUAUUGGUUUUCUUAAUGAUUCUUCUCACGGUCUUCCUUCUGGCACCGUUAAAAACCCCUGCAUCUGGGAGAAUAACAACCGGUAUCAAAAAUCAAAUCUGGAAUUUUCUACCUUAUCCAGAAGUGCCACCACAAAUGGCAUUAGUUCCAAGGAGCUCUCUGUGGAUCUUGAAAUGCCCAAAACUGUUUUUGCCAUUUGUGAGGAGGCAGAUGAUAAACAGGCUUUGGUAUUUGAUGACCAGUUAAGUCCAAGUCAAGACUAUUUGCCACCUGGGAAAGAAGUUAAAUCCAUUACAUGUACAGUAGAUGUUCACUCUUUUGAACCAACUGAGUCACUUUAUGAAGUUAGAGCUUGUAUGAACUCUGCUGAUUGUUCCAGAUAUCUCUAUACAGAGGACAUUCCAGCUUUAAGCUCAUUCAUAAAUCCUAACAUUCCAUGUGUAUCAAACACUGCCACACAAGAUUCCGUGCUAGAUACCAACUCUUACCUCAGAUAGGUUUCACUACAGAAUGACUGCCUUUGGAACACUGGAUGCCUAUAGAAGAACUAACCUUCAAUUCAUUCCAUUAAUUUCAACGUUGAUGCAGGAAAAUAUAUCAAAGGCCUUUAUAUUAAUUUCCUUACCACUAUUUUUGGUCAAGAUUGAUUUAAAUUCCUAGUACCUCAGACUUUACAAAAACUAGUGUAUUUCGGACGAAUAACUUAUGAAGAGCAACUACCACCAUGGCCAGGAUUGCUCAGAUUUACUUCCACUGUUGGGUCCACUGGUUUUUACAGAUUUGACUUCCAAUGCAAAAUACCUGGAGUGAUUAGCAGGACAGCUCUAAAUUAUGGGGUUUAUCUUUUUGUUAAAUGUUUUUCACUGUUGCUACAAACUACCAGAAAGAAUUGUAAUCUGUAAAACAAUGGAGAUCACAUUAAAACACAUAUUUAAGUGAUUUUUUUUAUAUUAGCUGAUGGAAAAAUUAAGGAAUAGAGACGUGAUCAGAAUAAAGAUCAACAACAUAAUGCAAAGAAUAGGCACCUUUAGUGAAGAAAACCAGCUUACUAUGCCAGCAAGAUUACACAUUAUGAUCCCCUAGGCAAGCUUUGUAUGCGAUUAUUCAGUAGAUUUGUAUGGUGCAUCUGAUUUUCUGGGUACACGAUCUUCAUUAGGAAACCCUGCUGCUGCUCCUCCCGUUAAGUUGCUGCAGUCUGUAAAAACAGUGAGCACCUUUACCACCAGAACUGGCUAUAUCCUACUUAUUGAAUAUUUUUCAAGACAUCAAAGCUACAUUGCCCAAAUAAUUUUGCAUGUAAGCAGUGUUCCUGCAGAAGGUAGGUACAUUUUUUAAUACACUGUAAGGGACAAGAGCAUGUACGAAGGUGGCAUAUAAAUAUCAUCAUUGAUGUUGCCCAUAGCAGCCAAUCAGAUCUUUGCUUUUGUUUUCUAACUCUUAAGUGACAAUUCAAAAGGAAUUGCUGAUUGGUUGCUAUUAGCAACAACACUGGAGAUUUAGUUUGUUAUAUUUGCACCCCUUAAUAACAACACAGGAGUCCAGUAAAAA